AUGGCGCCUGCUAUUGGUGGGGACCAUAAGCAUAAGAUCUUCGAGACAAUUGACGACGAGACAUUGCUAAUCUCAAAACUCCCCAAAGAAGACGCCAUUCUCACAACUGCGCCAAAUGUUCCUCCUUCCAUCACAAGAGAUCAUCCUGCUCUUGUCAGGGUUCCCUUGGUAACUACAACCAAGCUGGCGCAGCUGACCAGCCAGCACAAAUAUGAGCAGUGGACUUUCAACGGCACCGUCCCUGGCCCUUUCAUUCGGGCCAAAGUCGGAGAUGUUGUGGAGUUGAGCCUUACAAACAAAGACCCAGCAGGUAAUCCUCACAACAUCGACUGCCACGCGUUCACUGGCCCUGGUGGUGGUGCCGCUGUCACUACCGCUGAAGAGGGCGAAACCAAGGUCGGUCGCUUCAAGCUCCUUUACCCCGGACUCUACGUCUACCAUUGCGCUGCUGCCCCUGUUCCCGUUCACAUCGCCAAUGGCAUGUACGGCCUCAUGUACGUACAGCCGGAAGGCAACGACCUUCCACCCGUGGACAAGGAGUAUUAUGUUAUGCAGAGCGAAUUCUAUCAUGAACCACCUGAGGUUGAUGAUGACGGUCGACGCUCGGAAAUCGUGGAGUUCUCAUAUCCCAAUGGUCUUCGUGAAGAACCUCAAGUCGUUGCCUUCAACGGCAGCGAGUCUGCCCUGACAAGAGAUCAUCCUCUCAAGGCUUAUGUCGGUGACGAUGUGAGAAUCUUCUUCGGAAAUGCUGGACCAAACCUUACUAGCUCAUUCCACAUCAUCGGCACGCACUUCAAAAAUGUGUACCGAGAUGGUGGCGUGACCAGCAACCCAUCGAGGGUAUUCAGACCGUUUCUGUCCCCUGCGGUGGGUCAACGAUCGUCGACUUGA